AUGCCGACUUCGACUUUGAACAACACAUCACACCAGCCCCCUCUCAAAAGACGGAGAACAGAGGACGACUCUGCUAUGGAUGCCAGUGCUGCGGCGGUGUGGGGAGGAGGAGGAUGCCCGCAUUGUGCGCAUUGCGCUGCGCUUCGUUCGCAAGCGUCGUCUUCUCUGCCUUCGUCUUCCCAACCUUCACCUUCCCAAGCCGCGAUUCCCCAACCCGCCUCUCAAUCAUCGACCUCCGAACCCUCACCCUCGACAUCUCAACUCACACAACCUUCCCAGCGUCCCUCCGAACCCACUCACAGCCACCCCACACCUUCCCAACCCACUGGCACCUCCCCGCCAGACCGCCCCACCCCACCGCCCUCCUACACCCUAACACCCCCACCAACGCGCUCCCCCGACGUCUGGUUCGACGACGGCUCCGUCGUGCUCCAAGCCCAAAACGUCCAGUUCCGCGUGCACCGGACGAUGCUCUCGCGGCACUCGGAGGUGUUCAGGGAUAUGUUCGAGAUCGGUCGGUUGGGGAGCUCAAUCAACGCUAGCAAUACACCCCAAGCCGCCGACCCUACGCCCCUCGUCGACGGCUGCCCCCUCAUCAUCCUGCACGACGACCCCACCGACCUCACCCACCUCCUCCUCUCCCUCUACGACAAACCCCACACCACGACCGACGCCCUCCCCUUCGCGACCCUCGCCGCCCUCCUCCGCCUCGGCCGCAAAUACCACUUUCCCUCCCUCUACGCCGAGGCUCUGCGGAGGCUCCAAUCGGAGUUUCCAGCGAGUUUGGAGGAAUGGGAAAAGUUGCCUCAGACGUAUACGUAUAUCGUGGAGGAGGAAGGACUGUUGUUUGAUAUUGUUAAUUUGGCGUUGGAGAUGGAGGUGCACGAGGUGUUGCCGAGUGCGUAUUAUUUGUGUGUGCAGGAUUUGAACGACCUCCUCUACGGCAUCCCCCGUCCAAACUCGCCCAACGGCCCAGCGAUGCUCCCGCCACACAUCAAGAACCUAUGCAUACAAGCGCGCGAACGACUCUUGGCGUUGCAGUACGAUAUGACGUUUGCGUGGAUCGAUCUUUUAGGCAACUGGAACCAAGAAGACCACGGCGUCAACACCGACUGUCUCAAACCUGACCACUGCGGGCGGAUAGCGGGCCAGUUGGUGAGGGAGGUGUUUUUGCCGUUGCCGGAGGUUAAUCGAACCCUAGAAAAAUGGACCGACUUUACGACCUACACGCCCCUCGUGAACCAGCUGUGCGCUGUAUGUCUGGAGGAUGCGAGGGUGUGCCAUGAGGCGGGGAGGAGGAAGGUGUGGGAGGGGUUGAGUGGGGUUUUUGGGUUGGGGUAG